AUGCCCCCGGAAUUAGGAGACGAACAUCUCUCGCCACCAAAACCCAACGACGCGAGAUCCAAGCCAAUCCAUCAGCUGGAGAAUAACAUGCUUGUUUCACCGCCAUCCUUUGUGAAGCGAGAGGGUCAACGGCAACAUGUUUGGUUUUACCAAGGACCAACCUCAAGCUGGUCCUUCACCCACCGAAUUCUGAAAUCACUGGCAAAGGCACUGUGCCCGGACACCCCUCUUGAUCUUCCUAUAAUCACAGAUAGAAAUGCAUAUCAGGUCCAAUGGACAAAGGCCCAGUCAAACGGGAUUGCCGACAUCACUGCCCUACCCUCGCAAGACCAUGCGAUCUAUCUUGUGAAUACAGUCAAUUUUCACAUCGGCCACUUCCUUCAUCUCUAUGACGACGAGGAAUUUAUGAAGAAUUUAGAUGAGUUUUAUGGGGAUGUUCAGCAAAAGGUUCAGAAAUCAAAAUUAUGGUACAUUCAGUUUUUGGUUGUCAUGGCCUUUGGGGAGACUUUAUUGUUGCCCGCGUCAAAAACAAGCCAGUCAUCAGCUUGUUCUCCAUACUUCACAAGAGCAAUGUCGCUGCUCCCAGACAUAACCGAAAUGUGGAAUGACCCUAUUCUAUCCGUUGAACUUUUGGCCUUGGUUGCUCUAUACCUCUACUCGCUGGACAUGAGAGACUCCAGCUGUUGCUAUAUAGGUCAAGCAAUGCGAAUAGCCCUUAUUGAGGGUUUUCACAGAGCCCUUCCAGUCGAAUUGGAACCAAAGCUUGCCAGCAGGUAUGUCUACAGUGUGGACAACAAAAUACACAGCAUUUAUCUUCACAAAGCCCAAUCGGCUUUAUCUCGAAUGGCAGACCUCUCCCGAGAGUGGGAGGAAGUUUUUGAAAAAAGGUUUCAAAGCCCAGCCGACGCUGUUUCUGGAAUCACUACUCGUCUCAAUUUAUCGUAUCAUCUGUGCGUUAUUAUCAUAGUCCGACCGCUCAUACUAUCUCUGGUGGUUGAGCGAGUGGAAAGCCUUUCCGGUGGCCUUUCCACGAGACAACUUAGCCCAUCCGUGCGAACCUUGAUUGAAACAUGCGUGGACUCCGCCAAGAAGUCGGUGAAAAUCUUGGCCGUUCUUCAUGAAAAGAACUUGCUUCAGACCUUUCUUCCCUUUGACCUUGAAAAUAUUUUUGCAUCUUUGUUUACCCUGAAAGUGGUGUCGGCUAUUUUGCCUCAAGAAUUUCAUGAAGAGUCUUACCGAGUUGGGAAAGCCGUUUUGGAGGAUCUCUGUUUGAGGGAAAAUCGGAUAGCCUUAUUUCGACAACGCGAGCUUGAAAGCUUGGAAUAUCUGAUCAACCUCAUCCCUGUCACCAUCCCAAGCUCUAAUAACGAGCCCUGUGAUCCUGCCCAGAAUACUGCCCUUGCCUUAGAAGCAACCCAAGAUGAUGGAGAGUUUGAGGGUCUCUUGGACCAUGGCGUUGAUACCUCCGGUAAUGACAUUGAUUCGAAAACCUCACACAUUACGAUGAACGCUCCGGAUUUAGAUGAACAUGGUGGCCUCGAUUGGUUCCAUGAACCAGAUGGGGUUGGGCUAAUGUCAGAGCAAAUACUUUCAGUGAUCGAUCAGCUUGAUGUUGAUGACUUGCAAAUUCCAGGAUCCCCAUUUGUCGACACGGAGAACUGGUUCUGGAAUGCUACUUGA